GUUCAAUGCAGACAUGUUGCAUGUGGACUGGGUUGUCUUGUGAAGGGCGGCCGGUCUCAUGUCGUCUGCCAUCGAAUUGCUUAUCGCGGCACAUACGGCUUUGUCUGCUGUCCCUUUGAGAACGCUCAGGGUGUCCUGUUUGUCUCCUCCUUCAGUGUUAGUUUCAUUCAUGGAUGGACAAUCUCUGAUGUGGACCCCGAAGCCAGAGCCUAUGCCGAUGCCUGCGUGUGACCCUGGAGUAGACGACAGUGCAAUGCUUGGAAAGGCCUUAAGAUGGCUGAAAGCUGAUUGCUUUGCUGAGUUUGCCGUGCAUGAAGAGCUGGUAGCUGCCAAUGCCUCCAUGUUUGGUGCUCGAGGUGCUGAUGAGGUUCUUGCAUUCAAGAAGAGUUGGCUACGGAUGGCGAAAAACUAUGAGGUGGAUGCGAUUCUCGAUGUUGACCUGAAAAACCGAGUGGUCGUCGCAUCCUUUGACUGUCUCAUCUCUGGUAAAGAGGGUCGGGGAACUGAUGUCAUGCAAUUUGAUGAGCAGAUGAAAGUCUCUGGUGUUGCUGCCAUUCGACAUACUCAAGUCACGUCUUAGUAGCAACAGCAUGACAAGACCACUGACCUUUGUAACGGCAAGUUCUUGCCAGAAGGCGUUUUCAUCCGCAGAGCAACAGCAAAAGGAGCUGAAGGUUUGCUUGGCGUGUUUUGGACCUUGCUUAAGAGUCAAGACGUCAAUGAUCGAAAUGUGGUGCAAGGAUAGGCGGAUAGACACUGUAACUUGUAUAUUGAUGAAUUCUGACUGUGAGAAGCGUAGAGUCAGGCAGUGGAUGGAGGAGUUUUGAUGUGGUCCUGAGACGGUCCUUAGGCUAACAGUUUGUUGUGGAAGGUCCCAUGAUUUCAUUGCGAUAACAUCAUGCUUUGAUGGCAAAAUAGGACCUUUAUUAGCCAGGAUUGCCCCCCGCACGCUGAUAUACGGAAUGCACGCAUUGUGACAGAUAUUUGUGUGGCCGCUAUCAGUCAGCGAAUGGAUCAAAAGAGCACCAGGGCUAUCAUGGAGGUCGUUGAACCACCUUUAUAUAGCUUUAGCUCCAAGUCCGUGGGACUUGAGUGAUCGUAGGCUGUGGAGACUGCUUGCAUGGGAGCGGAGCCCAAGGAGGUGGCAGGCGCAAUAGACCCGUUUAAGCAAUGGCCGCGAUCGAGAGCAGCAAAGAAGGGUGUGCCGUUGUGGGACGGCUACACAACCCUUCCAAGAAUACGGCCAGCUAGAUACUCACUGGGAGCAACCGGGCC